AUGGGUAGAGAAGUUGUUCGUGAAGAAUCUAUUAAAAACCCUGGACAACGAAGUAGACUGUGGGAUCCUGAGGAAGUCUAUGAUGUAUUGACAAAUAAUAGAGGAACUGGUGCAGUUGAAGGAAUAUGUUUUUGCCCUGAGAAGCUUGUUGAGAUUUCCAUGUCAUUCAACAAUGUGGAAAAACUUUGGCAAGGAGUACAAAAUUUUCGGAGUUUAGAGAAAAUUGAACUUCGUGGCUCCAAGAACCUUCUGGAGUGUCCAAAGUUGUCUCAUGCACCAAAACUCAAGUAUGUAAGUAUGCGAGAUUGUGAAAGCUUGCCUUAUGUUGACCCAUCAAUCUUCUCCCUCCCCAAGCUUGAAAUUUUAAAUGUGAGCGGAUGCAAAUGGCUCAAGAGUCUUUGCAGCAACAUUUGGCCACAAUAUCUCCGAGUAUUGUUUUUAGCACAUUCUGGUUUGAAUGAACUGCCUCCAUCAAUUUUACAUAUCAGGAACCUCCAUAUGUUUUCUUUUCUGAUUAAUGAUGGUCUUGUUGAUCUUCCUGAAAACUUUACGGAUCAACUUUCGCUUUCUGACUCAAGGGAAGAUGAAUGUGACACUUUCUUGACCUUGCGUCAUUUAAUGUCUAGCUCUGGCUUCCAGUCAGAUGCCAUUGGUAGGAUUGAACUUGGAUCUAAACAUUUGUCAGCAGUAGAAUUACAAAAUGAAGAAGAUGCAUCCUCCGAUAUCGAGACUGCUUUAGUCACCAUUGAACUUCCUCCUAAUUUGUUGGGUUUCGUUUUCUACUUGGUUGUCUCUAAAGUCCAAUCAUGCAACAUUGGACGCUAUGGAAGUAUUGGAUGUGAAUGCUACUUGGAAACUAGCAGGGACGAAAGAAUGAAUAUACGAAGUUUUUUUGUAGAAGAAAAUAUCUUGUCUAAUCAUGAUCCUCCAUUUGGAUUUAUGGAAGAUCACAUAUUUUUAUGGUACUAUUGCAAAUUAGAUUUGGUAGAGACUUGGUGUAGCAGAAACUGUGGUGCCGCUCUGUUGCAAUAUAAAGAUGUGCAGUCAAUAGGAUGCCUGUGCAAAUCCAUGGCUUCUUCUAAUGUGAGUUGUGCUUCUUUCUCUUCCUCUCAGUUUGUUCCCAAAAGGCAUGAUGUUUUCAUCAGCUUUAGAGGAGAGGACACUCGUAGUGACUUCACUAGCCACCUUCAUGCUGCUCUCUGCAGAAACAGCGACAUGGAUACGUACAUCGACUACAGGAUUCAGAAAGGAGAUGAGGUAUGGGCAGAACUGGUGAAAGCCAUCAAAGACUCCACUCUCUUUUUGGUUAUCUUCUCAGAGAACUAUGCCUCCUCCACUUGGUGCUUGAAUGAACUUGUUGAACUAAUGGAAUGCAACAAACAAGAAGAUGUAGAUGUCAUUCCUGUGUUCUACAAAAUAGACCCAUCUCAGGUACGCACACAGAGUGGGAGUUAUCAGAAGGCAUUGGCAAAGCACAAGAAGGAUGGGAAGGUGACUAAGGAGAGGAUGCAGCAGUGGAAGGGUGCUCUCUGUGAAGCAGCCAAUUUAUCUGGCUUUCAUUCAAACACAUACAGGACUGAAUCUAACUUGAUUGAAGACAUUAUCAAAGUUGUUUUGCAAAAACUAAAUCACAAAUACGCAAAUGACUUCAGAGGACCUUUCAUAUCUGAUGAAAACUAUACAAACAUUGAAUCUUUACUCAAAUAUGAUUCGGAGGAAGUUCGAAUCAUUGGAAUUUGGGGUAUGGGAGGGAUAAGAAGUCUUUUAGACAAAGCUCUUAUCACUAUUAAUUCAAGCAGUAAUUGCAUAGAUAUGCACGAUCUCAUACAAGAAAUGGGUAGAGAAGUUGUUCGUGAAGAAUCUAUUAAAAACCCUGGACAACGAAGUAGACUGUGGGAUCCUGAGGAAGUCUAUGAUGUAUUGACAAAUAAUAGAGGAACUGGUGCAAUUGAAGGAAUAUGGUUAGAUAUAACACAAAAUACAAAUAUAAAUUUAAGCUCUAAAGCAUUCAGAAAGAUGCCAAACUUGAGAUUACUUGCUUUCCAAUCCUCCAAUGAAGACUCUGAGAUAAUUAACUCACUGUACCUCCCAAAGGGUCUUCAAUUCUUACCUAAAAACUUAAGAUAUUUGGAGUGGAAUGGAUAUCCACUAAAAUCUCUACCAUCAAGUUUUUUCCCUGAGAAGCUUGUUGAGAUUUCCAUGCCAUUCAGCAAUGUGGAAAAACUUUGGCAAGGAGUACUAAAUUUCCCAAGUUUAGAGAAAAUUGAACUUCGUGGCUCCAAGAACCUUUUGGAGUGUCCAAAGUUGUCUCAUGCACCAAAACUCAAGUAUGUUAGUAUGCGAGAUUGUGAAAGCUUGCCUUAUGUUGAUCAAUCAAUCUUCUCCCUCCCCAAGCUUGAAACUUUAAAUGUGAGCGGAUGCAAAUCGCUUAAGAGUCUUAGCAGCAACAUUUGGCCACAAUAUCUCCGAGUAUUGUUUUUAGCACAUUCUGGUUUGAAUGAACUGCCUCCAUCAAUUUUGCAUAUCAGGAACCUCCAUAUAUUUUCUUUUCUGAUUAAUGAUGAUCUUGCGGAUCUUCCUGAAAACUUUACGGAUCAACUUUCGCUUUCCGACUCGAGGGAAGAUGAAUGUGACACUUUCUUGACCUUGCAUCAUUUGAUGUCUAGCUCAGGCUUCCAGUCUGUAACAAGUCUUGCAUUUUACAAUUGUCAAAGCUUGUGUGAAAUCCCAGAUAACAUCUCCUUGUUAUCAUCAUUGAAAUGCUUUAGCUUACGUUAUAGCACCAUCAUUAGCUUACCCGAAAGCUUUAAGUAUCUUCCAAGGCUCAAACUUCUUGAAGUUGGUAACUGUAAAAUGCUUCAGCAUAUACAUGCACUCCCACAAUCCAUUCAGUUAUUUUAUGUCUGGAACUGUGAAUCUCUUCAAACAGUGUUAAGUUCAACGGUUGAAUCAUCCAAAAUACCCAAAUGUAGUUAUCUGCUCCCUAAUUGUUUAAAAUUGGAUGAACAUUCAUAUGAUGCAAUUUUGAAAGAUGCUAUUGUUAGGAUUGAACUUGGAUCAAAACAUUUGUCAGCAGUAGGAUUGCAAAAUGAAGAAGAUGGAUCCUCGGAUAAUGAGAUGGGUGAUUUUUAUUUUUUUCAAUUAGCAAGAAAUGGUAAGAUUUGCUACUGUUUACCAGCUAGAAAUGGCAGUGUUCAAGAUUGGUUGCAUUACCACUUUACACAAGAUUUGGUCACCAUUGAACUUCCUCCUAAUUUGUUGGGUUUCAUUUUCUACUUGGUUGUUUCUGAAGUCCAAUCAUGCAACAUUGGACGCUAUGGAAGUAUUGGAUGUGAAUGCUACUUGGAAACUAGCAGGGACGAAAGAAUGAGUAUACCAAGUUUCUUUGUAGAAGAAAAUAUCUUGUCUAAUCAUGAUCCUCCAUUUGGAUUUAUGGAAGAUCACAUAUUUUUAUGGUAUGAUGCCCAAUGUUGCAAGAAGAUAAUGGAAGUAAUUAAAGAAGAGAAAGCCAUUGAUGACAAGAGCAAUAUUCAUCAUCCAAAGGUUACAUUUAAAUUCUUCGCUCAAACCGAAGAUAGCAGUGAAGCGAUGGUCAUAAAAGAGUGUGGGUUUCGUUGGAUGCAUUCCUUAGAAGAAGGAGGAUUCGAAUUCAAGAAAAACAAGGAUAUUCAUGGAGUAGAAGAAGCCAACAGUUUCCCAAAAGUUGAGGACUCUAAGUCUAACGUGCAAGAAGGAACAUUUCUCCCAACAAAAAAAAUUAAGCAACAAGAAGGAACAGAAGACUUGAGGUACGUUCUCGAAGAACUAUUGCAUAUUGGAUUUGGUGGAGACAUCGUGUAG